CCAAGGGAACUAAGCACCGAGGAGACUUGCCUGCUCGGAAGCCAGAUCCUGAGCCGGACAGGAUGGAUCACCACCAGCUGGGGACUGGGCGUUACCAGGUGCUUCUUAAUGAAGAGGUUAACUCAGAAUCAUUGGCCAUAGAGCAGCCAUCUACUUCAAACCCAGCACCACAGAUUGUGCAGACCGCCUCUUCAGCACCAGCACUUGAAACUGACUCUUCCCCUCCACUGUAUAGUAAUAUUAGUGUGGAAGUACCUACAACUUCAGAUACAGAAGUUUACAGUGAGUCUUAUCCUGUGCCACCUCCCUGUAGUGUUGCUACCUCUCUUCCUACAUAUGAUGAAGCUGAGAAGGCUAAAGCUGCUGCAAUGGCAGCUGCAGCAGCAGAAACAUCUCAAAGAAUUCAGGAGGAAGAGUGUCCACCAAGAGAUUGCUUCAGUGAUGCAGACCAGCUCAGAGUGGGGAAUGAUGGCAUUUUCAUGCUGGCAUUUUUCAUGGCAUUUAUUUUCAACUAGCUUGGAUUUUGUUUAUCCUGCUGUAUCGCCAGUACCAUAGCUGGACGAUAUGGUGCUAUCUGCGGAUUUGGCCUUUCCUUGAUCAAAUGGAUCCUUAUUGUCAGGUUUUCUGAUUAUUUUACUGGAUAUUUCAAUGGACAGUAUUGGCUUUGGUGGAUAUUUCUUGUACUUGGCCUGCUCCUUUUCUUCAGAGGAUUUGUUAAUUAUCUAAAAGUCAGAAACAUGUCUGAAAGUAUGGCAGCUGCUCAUAAAACAAGGUAUUUCUUCUUCUUAUAGAGACU